ACACACACAUACACACACACUCUUAAACCAAUAGGAUACUGGACACACAUUCACAUACUCCAUCGCUACAGAUAAUCUGCACACACACAUACAAACACACUAUUUUAGACGUACUUGCACUCGCUGGAGUUUAUAUCAGAGGCAGUUGCAGACACUUUCACUUUACACUUAUUUCUCCUUCACAUAUCUCAAGCAGAAAAAAUGAGGACAAUUGUGCUUUGCGUUUCUGCCAGUCUCCUGCUCACGGCCACCCUGAGCAUCAGCCAGGCAGCGGACUUCCCCGUCAACUCACACCAGAGAUGGGACUCGAGAGGACCUUACACUUUGGGAUCUGAAUCCGGCACCCCCACCUCCUGCCCCAUGAAGCUGAGACCCUCGGGCCACUGCGGGAGCUCUGGAGCCGGGGCAGAGGAGGGCGAGGAAUGCCCAUACCAGCUCACCUUGCCCCCUCUCACCAUCCAGCUGCCCAAGCAGUUCAGGCUGCUGGAAAAGACAAUGAAGGAGCUGCAGAGCUUGAAGGAGGUGGUGAACAAGCUGAGGAGCGGGUGCCAGGAGUGCCGCGGAGCACGGGGCAGCGGACAUCAGCAAGCUGACCAAGGACAGAAGGAUGCUGGGGAAGAAGUGAGACUGGACCUGACGGGACAGGAGGUGAUAGGUGGGUCGAGUCAAGAGGCGAGGGAAGAUGGGGUGGAUCCUGGAGCUGCUGUGGAUGGUGCUGGACUGGGACAAGGUCCUGUUUCUUGGAAAAUUACACCAAGCCAGAGCACAAUGCAGGAGAUGCAGGUGAAGCUGAACAGGAUGUCGACCAGCCUGCGCAAUGCCCGGAGCCAGAUCUCAGCCCUGCAGGGUCGUAUGGAGGGGCUCAACCUGCUCAACAUGGACAACGUGCAGGCAAUGGUGGACAGACGAGUGGAAAACAUCAGCGGAGUGGUCAACAAGCUCAGCUCCACCUGCACCACCCAGUGUGCUGCGCGGAAUAGCCCCCAGUUCAUCUUAGCCCCUCGGGACUGUUCAGACUACAACAUUCUGGAGACGAGGAAGAAUGGCGUGUAUCACGUAACCCCUGAUCCCCGCAAUGGGACGUUUGAGGUGUACUGCGACAUGGAGUCCUACGGAGGUGGAUGGACUGUGAUACAGCAACGGCUCAAUGGGUCUGUCAGCUUCAACCGCACCUGGGUCGAGUAUAAGAAGGGCUUUGGCAACCUCAGAGGUGAGUUCUGGUUGGGCAAUGACCACAUGCACUUGCUGACUAAGGCCAAAGAUAUGAUCCUGCGUAUCGAGCUGGAAGACUUUGAGGGUGUGCGGGAGUAUGCAAAGUACGACCAGUUCUACGUUUCCAAUGAGUUCCUUCGCUACAGGCUGUCUAUCAGUGGAUACAGUGGGACUGCUGGAAACGCCAUCAGCUUCAACAAGCACUUCAACCACGACCAGAAGUUCUUCUCCACGCCUGACCGUGACAACGACAUGUACCCCUCCGGAAACUGCGGCGCCUACUACAGCUCUGGCUGGUGGUUCGACGCCUGCAUGUCCGCCAACCUCAACGGGAAGUACUACCACAAGCGGUACAAAGGGGUGAGGAACGGGAUCUUCUGGGGGACAUGGCACAACAUGUCGACGGAGUACUACCCCACCAACUACAGGCAGGCCUUCAAAACCGUCAAGAUGAUGAUACGGCCAAAGAACUACGUUCCUUAAGAGGACCAGGUAAAGAGUGUAUUCAUGCAGACAGAUAGAUGGGCGGAUACAAAGAAAGACAAAGAAAAUGGAUGAACAAGUAGACUCAUACACAUGCACAUAUUCAUGCAUUUGCAUACAUUUACACAUGCAUACUUGUACACUGAAAAAAAAGACUAUAAGCGCUAUAACCCUAUAGAAGUUUGAAUGCAGUAUUAAGAAAAAUUAUUGUGAAAAAAAUGUUUAACGUGCCAUUACUUUUUUUCUACUGGAGUGUGUGUGUGUGGCUUUGAAGAAAAGGCCGGAUUAAAAUCAUAAUAAUAAAAAGACGAUGGACUAUUAACGAUGAUGGACUAAUAAAAAAAAACACACAGUGUAAAGGGCAGCCUCCUACAGGGACUGUAAUAUUACACGGAGGGUUACCGUGAGAGAUUUUUCACCUUUUUUCUCUGACAUUUCCAGGUUCUGUUUUGCCGCCUCCCCCAGCUAUAAAAGCCCCGGCCCGGACACAGUGCAGCACACCGUCAUAGUAAAAACUAAUGAGCUAUCAUUUUUUCUCCACUCCAAAUGGUUUCAUAAUUAACAGCAGCCACUCGAGUGAGUUAUAUGAGAGCUGAUGAUACAGUUUUGAGUGGUGCUGAAAUUAUUCAUGCUGGGGUCAGAGUCAAACUGUGCAAAAAACCCCAACAGGAAGUGACUCUUUAGGCAACAGCGAAGAAGUUAAUAUCUUCUGUGCCAUUUAUUUAAUUACACUGGGACACUUCUCUAAUGUAUCACCAUUCAAUACAAUAUAAAGCAUCCCAGUAUAAAUAUGUAGCCUGAGAUACAUUUCUUUUGGGUCAUUCCCAAGUACAUUCUGCAUGAUGGAUGUUUAAGUAAAUUGUGCUCGACAACAGCCACGGAGCAGGACACUGCUGCAAGAGGGAAAGAAAUGUAAUUGUUUUUCCACCCAUUGCUCUGGGUGCACUGGACUACUGCACAUCUCUUGAUGCCAUUCACCAGUUUUCAUGCAUUAAAAAAA